AUGCCACAGCCAAUACCAGAUCCAAUUUCUGACGCAUCCGAUACGCGCCACACGAAUUAUGUCGGCUUCGCCUCUUUCGUAGUCCUGGUCUGGGACCACUUCGAUACUUUCGCGGACGAAGUCGAGCUAAUUUGGAAGGCGAAACGAAAAGGCUUCUUCGUCUACCUAUUUCUCUUCAAUAGAUACUUCACACCGCUGGGGUUCAUUAUCAACCUAUAUGCGUACUUGUCCCCAGUGUGGACAUACGAGGUACGCUUCCUCGCCCGAAGUUCGCAACCUGCUCAUCAUACCGACCGGCCGGUUGUUCACCGACAGAUAUGCGCGCGCUUCGUGCGCUACGAAGGGUGCACAGUUGCCAUUGCGGUCGAGGUCGUCGGCUUGAUGAUGCUUCUUCGCAUCAACGCGCUCUACCCUAACCAAAAAUGGAUCUCGAGAGGCCUUAUUUUCAUCCUUAUUGGCGAGACGGCGGUGAACGCCUGGUUGAUUAGCGGUGCACAACCCGUUAUGCACAAUCCUGCAUCGGGCAUUCGCGCCUGCAGCAUGAUUUUCGACCCUUCGCUAAGCGCUGCAUCAGCAGCGUCAGCGUGGAUACCCCUCCUGUAUGACACGAUCAUUUUCGUGCUGACAGUGUACCGGACGGUGCCGCCAAUUCGUCGAGAAGAAGCGAGCUACAUCGUGAAAAGGCUUCUCGAAGACGGCUUGCUUUAUUAUAGUGUCAUAUUUUCUGUGACACUGGUGUUGUUGAUCAUGAUUGUCAGUGCACCUCCUGGGACGAGGAAUAUCUGUGCACAAAUGGAACAGUUAAUAUCAGUUGCCAUGAUGUCCCGCAUCACCCUCAACCUCAGAAAAGCCGGCGAGCAGCUCAACUCCGAAACCGACACCAUGCCCAAGAGCUUCCUCUUCGACCACCGACGGCGCGCGCGCCAAGCAUCCAAGGUCAUCUGGGACACCCUGAGCUUCUCGCGGGGCGUCCGAACGACACAGCAGCGCAUUGCAAUCGCGAGCGUAACGCGCGAUAUCGAACUGACGUUUGCGCAUCCGGUUACGUCGAUGAUGCUUGCAACGCCGGGCACGGGUACUGGCGUGGAAAAUCCGUAUGAGACGAGUUUACGACCUAAUAAUAAAGACCUGAAAUUAGAAGGGCCAGUGAGGCCACCACCUGCGAUUACGAUCCAAUCUGAUUCGAAUCAAAUUGUAUAA